AUGAAUUCAGUGGCUGGAAAUAAGGAGAGGAUUGCGGUCACGGCGCGGAGCAGAAAAUACGGGGUGACCGACCCCUGCUCCCCCACCAAGCCCGCCGCCCCCUUCUCCCCCGAGAGCUGGUACCGGAAGGCGUACGAGGAGUCCCGGGCGGGCGGGCGCCCGGCGCCGGAGGGAGCCGGGUCUGCCCUGGGCUCCUCCGGCACCCCGUCCCCCGGCUCCGGCACCUCUUCGCCGGGCUCCUUCACCGGCUCGCCGGGACCCGCCUCGCCCGGCAUCGGCACCAGCUCCCCCGGCUCUCUGGGCGGCUCGCCGGGCUUCGGCACCGGCUCGCCGGGUUCCGGCAGCGGCGGCGGCUCCUCGCCGGGCUCGGAUCGCGGCGUCUGGUGCGAGCACUGCAGCGCCCGCCUGGCGGAGCUGAAGAGGCAGGCGCUGAAGCUCCUCAUCCCCGGGCCCGUCAGCAGCAAGGACCCAGGUUUCUCGUCAGUGAUUCAUGAGAAGCUCCAAGUUCCCAAUACCAUUCGUAAGGCAUGGAAUGAGAAGGACAACAGAUGUGACGUUUGUGCCACACACCUAAACCAGCUGAAGCAAGAGGCCAUUCAGAUGGUGCUGACCUUGGAGCAAGCUGCCAACUCAGAACAUUAUGAUGCCUCACCAGGCUCUCCCCCACCUCUCUCCAAUGUCCCCACGUUGGUGAGUCCCCGGCACAUGGGCAGCCUGCAGCCCAGGGACUGGGCAUACGUGCCUGCUCCUUAUGCUCCAUCUAAUUAUACAGCCUUUGUUGCCAACAAACACAGUGGAAAACCCAACAGUCUAGGAAUUGGAAAUGGGGUGGAGAAAAAAAACAGCUCUCCUGGACACCAAGCUAAAGUCAGCUUUCAGAUGGCCACCAGCCCCAGCAAUGGUAAUGUUCUCAACUCUGUGGCUAUCCAGGCCCACCAGUACCUUGAUGGCACCUGGUCUUUGUCAAGAGCAAAUGGAGUCACUCUCUAUCCCUACCAAAUAUCUCAGCUUAUGACAGAGACUAGUCGAGAAGGCCUGACUGAAGCAGCAUUGAACCGCUACAAUGCAGAUAAACCCUCCCUGUACACCUUCCCUGCUUCCCAGAGCACAUAUGUUGCCAGUGAAGUAUCCACAGGCACAUCGGUUGCAGCAUCAUUUUUUGCCAGAGCUGCUCAGAAAUUGAACCUGUCUUCCAAAAAGAAGAAGCACAGGCCUUCUGCAUCAUCUGUUCCUGAAAAUCCACUCUUCUCUACCUGCUUCAGCAGUAUCCUUCAGGCUUCCCCACCCCCUGCACCACCAUGUUUGUUGAGGGCAGUCAGCAAAGUGAAAGACACUCCUGGUUUGGGCAAGGUCAAAGUCAUGGUGCGCAUUUCUUCCACGCUUGCCAGAGACACGUCUGAAUCCAGCUCUUUCUUAAAAGUUGACCCCCGCAAGAAGCAAAUCACACUGUAUGACCCAUUGGCCUGUGGAGGUCAGAAUGCUUUCCAGAAAAGGGGCAGCCAGGUUCCACCCAAGAUGUUUGCUUUUGACGCAGUUUUCCCUCAAGACGCAUCACAGGCUGAAGUAUGUGCUGGGACUGUGGCCGAGGUGAUCCAGUCUGUGGUCAAUGGGGCAGAUGGCUGUGUGUUCUGCUUUGGUCAUGCCAAGCUUGGGAAGUCAUACACCAUGAUUGGAAAGGAUGAUUCCAUGCAAAAUCUUGGAAUAAUUCCUUGUGCCAUCUCGUGGCUAUUCAAGUUGAUUAAUGAACGCAAAGAGAAGACAGGAGCACGCUUCUCAGUCCGGAUAUCUGCAGUGGAAGUGUGGGGGAAAGAAGAAAAUCUGAGAGACCUGUUGUCAGAAGUGGCUACAGGUAGCCUGCAAGAUGGCCAGUCCCCAGGUGUCUACCUUUGUGAGGAUCCCAUUUGUGGCAUGCAGCUUCAGAAUCAGAGCGAGCUCCGUGCCCCUACUGCAGAGAAGGCUGCCUUCUUCCUGGACGCGGCCAUCGCCUCCCGCCGCAGCAGCCAGCGGGACUGCGAUGAGGAGGACCACCGCAACUCCCACAUGCUCUUCACACUGCACAUCUACCAGUACCGCAUGGAGAAGAGCGGCAAGGGUGGAAUGUCUGGAGGUCGCAGCCGCUUGCACCUUAUUGACCUGGGCAGCUGCGUGAAAGUGCUCAGCAAAAACCGCGAGGGAAGCUCUGGCCUCUGUCUCUCCUUGCCAGCGCUGGGCAAUGUCAUCCUCGCCCUUGUCAAUGGAAGCAAACACAUCCCAUACAAAGACAGCAAGCUGACCAUGUUGCUCCGAGAGUCCUUGGGGAAUAUGAACUGUCGCACCACGAUGAUAGCUCACAUUUCAGCUGCUGCGGGGAACUAUGCCGAGACGCUCUCCACCAUCCAGAUUGCCUCAAGGGUCCUCAGGAUGAAGAAAAAGAAAACUAAGUACACAUCAAGUUCUUCUGGAGGAGAGAGCUCUUGUGAGGAGGGCCGGAUGCGGAGGCCAACCCAGCUGAGGCCUUUCCAUUCUAGAAACACUGUGGACCCAGACUUCCCUAUUUUGCAUUUAUCAAGUGAUCCUGAUUAUUCAUCCAGCAGUGAGCAGUCAUGUGACACGGUGAUCUACGUUGGCCCCAAUGGCACUGCCCUUUCUGACAAGGAACUGACAGAUAAUGAGGGUCCCCCUGACUUUGUUCCCAUAGUUCCUGCUCUGCAAAAGACCAAAAAUGAGGGCAGGUUGGAGGAAGUUAAUGAAUCAGGGCCUAGCACAUCAGAAAGAGACUGCCUGAAGUGCAACACCUUUGCAGAGCUCCAGGAGAGACUGGAUUGCAUAGAUGGCAGUGAAGAGACCGACAAAUUUCCCUUUGAAGAGAUGCCUCCUCAAUUUAGCUCAGACCAGAUGUCUAAGUGCACUGUCUCGAGCCAGCUGGCAGAGCUUAGCCACUUACCAGAGUCAGAUAAGGAAGAUACGAUGCUGGAAUGUCAACAUCCUGAUAGAGAAGCCAAGGAAAAUACAAAUACAACACCCAGCAAAUCUAGAAGAAAUCACUCUCCUGUUCCUUCUGGAGCUCUUACCAAUCUUUCAACUCCUUCUUCUCCCAGGAGUGUAACAGGCAGCUCUAGCAAAGAGCUUAACUCUUGUCAGUUAGCACACAGCACCAGCUUGCAGAGCAGCAGAGAAGGGCUCAACACCUGUGGAUUUGUGGAAGGCAAACCUCGGCCAAUGGGUUCUCCCCGGCUUGGCAUUGCAAGCCUCUCAAAGACAUCUGAGUAUAAGCCACCAACUUCUCCUUCCCAGAGGUGCAAGGUCUAUACACAGAAAGGAGUCCUGCCCAGCUCCACUCCCCCACCAGCUCCCCUGAGUAAGGAUGCUGCCAUGACAUCUACUGAAUCUUUAUUACAGCCAGAAAUCCGGACCCCACCUGUAGGCAUGAGCCCUCAGAUUAUGAAAAAGUCAGUGUCGUCCAACAAUGGGGAUUUUGAAGAGACUGUUCUCAAUGAAGAUUGGCAGCAAAGCAUUUCUCCAGAAUCCAAGAAGGAGGUUUUGAGCACAACCAUGGUGACUGUGCAGCAGCCACUGGAGCUGAAUGGAGAGGAUGAGCUUGUGUUCACCCUUGUGGAAGAGCUGACCAUUAGUGGUGUCCUUGACAAUGGGCGCCCGACCAGUAUCAUCAGUUUUAACAGUGACUGCUCUGUGCAGGCGUUGGCCUCUGGCUCUAGGCCAGUCAGUAUCAUCAGCAGCAUCUCUGAAGAUCUGGAAUGUUAUUCCAGUGCAGCUCCCGUGUCUGAAGUGAGCAUCACACAGUUCCUUCCUCUUCCAAAGCUGAGUCUGGAUGACAAACCGCAAGAUGAUGGCAGCAGGCGCUCAUCCAUCAGCUCAUGGCUGAGCGAAAUGAGCACGGGGAGUGAUGGUGAACAGUCGUGCCACAGCUUCAUAGCCCAGGCAUGCUAUGGGCAUGGGGAAGCUAUGGCAGAACCCCCUGUCUCCGAGUUUGCAAGCACCAUACAAAGCGCCAGCAUGAUUUGUGUAAGUGACAAACAGAAGUCAGUGACUGACAACAUGCUUAUACUGUCAGAAAUGGGGGAGGAAGCUUUCGGCAAAGUGCCGCCCAUCAAAGGCUGUAAAAUAUCAGCUCUAGGUAAAACUACAGUCACAAUCAAAAACACUGCAAGUCUUAGCAGCUGUGAAGGCUACAUCCCAAUGAAGACAAACAUUACUGUGUAUCCAUGUAUUGCUGUUAAUUCCUUCAAAACUCAAGACACUGAUGAUGCUGUAGCAGCUGUAACUGCAGACCCAAAGACUGUUCAUCCCCAUGAUGGGAAAGAGCCCACUGCUAAGAAGGUUAUCAAAUUUGAAGACCCUUGGUUGAAGAGGGAAGAUGAUGGUAAAAAGGACAGCUCUGGGAGCAGUGAGGAGCCAAGGCCUGAUACAGUUGUUGUUUCAGCUAAGCCUGAGCACAGCACAAAACAGUCCUCUGUUGACAGAUUUAGCACCAGCAGUGGGGACACCUCUAUUUCCCCAGGCUCUGACAGUCUAAAAAGGAUCGUGGAUGGGUGUGAGGUGGCAGCAUCCAGCUCUGCAACCCAAAGCCCUGUUCAUUCCAGUGAUGGCUUGAAGAAUUGUAGCCUCCCUCGAGGGCUCCCAAAGGCAAGCAAGGUGGAGGAAUCUGACAGUCAUCUCCAUCCUACUUCUACUGAUAGCAGUGGAGUCAGUUCUCCUGCCCUCCCCCAGUUUUCUAGGGCUAGUCUUGACAAGAAAAUGGCCUCUCCCAAGCACUGCAUACUCACUCGUCCCAAAGGAACCCCUCCUCUGCCACCUGUGAGAAAAUCGAGCUUGGAUCAGAAGAACAGAGCCAGCCCUCAGCACAGCGCAGCCAGCAGUACCACGAACAGUCCCUCCAGCCAGCCUGUGUCCUUCCUGGCCAGCUUCCCUGAGGAGCAGAAUGCCAAACAAAAAGGCCCUGGCAUAGACAGCAGCAUCCAUAGCAGCAGCAAACUCUUCAGUGCCAAGCUGGAGCAGCUCACCAGCAGGACCAACUCCCUAGGGAGGUCCACAGGAAGCCACUACGAGUGUUUGUCGCUGGAAAGAGCAGAAAGUCUGUCCUCUGUGAGCUCCAAAAUGAGCCCUGGCAGAGACACCACCAUGCCUAGGGCUGGAAGGAGCCUCAGCCGCAGUGCCAUGUCCUCACCCACCAACUCGGGCCUCUCUCAGUCUGCAGGUGCCUCCCCAAAAGCCAGCCAGUCAAAGAUCUCUGCUGUCAGCAAGCUCCUGCUGGCAAGUCCCAAGGCCCGCAGCCUCUCUGCCUCUGCCACCAAAACACUCAGCUUCUCCACCAAGUCUCUGCCUCAGUCCGUGGGGCAGAGCACCAGUUUGCCCCCGAGUGGGAAGAACAUGUCCUGGUCAAUGCAGUCCCUCGGCAGAAGCCGGGGCUCCAGCCUUGCUUCCAAAUUGCCCCUUCGAGCUGUCAAUGGGAGGAUUUCAGAGCUGCUCCAAGGGAGCACCAGUGCCAGAGGCGUACAGGGAAGCAUGGAGCCGGACGAGCGCGGGGCCCUUCCCGGAGAUGAGAAGCCAGCUGUUCACAUGCUGCCUUCACCUUACAGCAAGAUCACCCCUCCUCGGAAACCUCACCGCUGCAGCAGCGGCCAUGGCAGUGACAACAGCAGUGUCCUGAGCGGGGAGCUGCCCCCUGCUAUGGGGAAAACAGCCCUUUUCUACCACAGCGGGGGCAGCAGCGGCUACGAGAGCAUGAUGAGGGACAGCGAGGCCACGGGAAGUGCCUCCUCAGCACAGGACUCCAUGAGCGAGAACAGCAGCUCUGCCAGUGGCAGGUGCCGGAGCCUCAAAACCCCGAAGAAGAGAUUAAAUGCAGGUUCACAGAGGAGGAGGCUUAUUCCAGCUUUAUCCCUUGACACUGCCUCCCCAGCAAGGAAGCCUGCCAGCAGCCCCGGGGUGCGCUGGGUGGAUGGGCCACUGCGGAGCGGGCAGAGGGGGCUGGGGGAGCCCUUUGAGAUCAAAGUCUAUGAGAUUGAUGACGUGGAGAGGCUCCAGCGACGGCGAGGUGGGGACAGCAAGGAGGUGAUAUGUUUCAAUGCCAAGCUGAAAAUCCUGGAGCAUCGCCAGCAGAGAAUCGCUGAGGUCAAGGCCAAGUAUGAGUGGUUGAUGAGAGAACUGGAGGUGACCAAACAGUACCUGAUGCUGGAUCCUAAUAAGUGGCUCAGUGAAUUUGAUCUGGAGCAGGUAUUUGAGCUGGAUUCUCUGGAAUACUUGGAGGCCCUGGAAUGUGUGACUGAGCGUUUGGAAAACCGUGUCAACUUCUGCAAGGCCCAUCUCAUGAUGAUCACCUGUUUUGACAUCACCUCUAGGCGUCGAUAA